AUGGCCAACAUCUUCGAGCUCCCAGACGACCUCCUGGCCGCCCUCAUCGAAAGCUUCCCCUGCCGCGACGCCCAGAUCAGAGCUCUAGCAACAUUACUCUACCCCCGAGCCGCACCAUGCCGCAACCUAAUAAUCCACGGCACAGAAGCAACAGGCAAGAGCGCCGUCACCGCGCGUCUCCUCGCAGCGUUAUCUUCAGCUUCGUCCAGCGACGACGACGCCCCUAUGUUCAACUACGCCAUCGUGAAGUCCGUCGAAUGCGUCACGGCGCGGCAUCUAUACGAGCGGGUUGUUGGGGCGGUGGGUGAUGCUCUGCAGUGGGAGGGGAGGGCGACGGUUGGACGCUGCGAGACGGUUGCUGCGUUGACGGUCGAGCUUACCAAGAUGCUGAAGUACGACCAACCCCAAGAGAGAGACUCGAGGUUCGUGCUGGUAUUCGAUGGUAUCGAUCGCCAGAGGGAGGCACCGCCAACUCUGUUACCCGCUCUAGCCAGGCUCUCUGAGAUUAUCCCCAACCUAACAACAAUAUUUAUCCUCACCGCCCCCUCCCCCUCCCUCCUCCGCGUCUCCUCCGUUCCGCAGCUCUACUUCCCACCGUACACGAAAUCCGAAUACAUAACAAUCCUCUCGCGCCCACCAUACCUCCCCCCCUCGCUCCCAAACACCACACCCCAAGAAACAACCGACCUCUGGGCGCGCUUCACAGCCGCCGUCCACGACGCGCUAGCAAAACCCGCGUCGCGCUCUCUCCCGGGCCUCGCACGCUCCUGCGCCGCCCUAUGGCCUCGAUUUACCGCUCCAGUCGCCGCAGGCACGCACCGCGCUCGGGAGUUCACGAAGCUGCUCGUCGCCGCGCGAGCCUACUUCCAAGACGAAGCGGUCCUCGAGCCCGGCAUUACACUUGCCAAGGGACCGAUCUCUACUAUUGCAAAAACCGGGGAGAAGGAAGCACGCAGCAGCAGCAAGGACCUAGCCGCUCUGCUCCCCCCAACAGCCCGGCUCCUACUAAUCGCCGCCUACCUGGCCUCGCACAAUGCGCCCCGCCACGACCAGACCAUCUUCAGCACCUGGUACUCUGGACGACGGCGUCGUGGUGGGGGUGGUAUCGCGCACCACAUCACGAAGAAAGCCAAGCACAGGAAGAUCGCGCGCAAGCUACUAGGUCCUAGCGCGUUUGUGCUAGAGCGCAUGGUUGCUAUCUACGCCGCGACACGGCAGGAGUGGGUUAACGACGAGAAUGAUGGAGCAGAAAACCAGCCUACUGUUGACGGGGACGUCGGCAUGGCGAUUGCGACACUGGCUAGUUUGCGCCUGCUUAUUCGUGUCGGAGGAGCGGGUGGCGCGGGGGAUACGAUGGAUCGUGGUGGGAAGUGGAGAGUAGGUGUUGGGUGGGAAGUCGUACGAGGCGUUGGGCGGAGUAUGGGGGUUGAGGUUGAAGAAUGGCUUGUCGAGUGA